GAGAGAAAAGAUGGGUCUCAACCAAAGUGUCUGGUCCUUACAACUCUCCUUUAUUGCCCAAAUUUUGUCAGCUUCUUAUUCCAUAAAACACACAUACUGUUUCGUGCAUUAAUGAAUGAAUGAACCACCUUCUUUCAUCAUUUUCCUUUCCCUCCACAAAAACUCUCUUUCUUUUAACAAAAUCUUUUUUCUUUGAUUUCCUUUAUGUAUAAUACAAGAAAGCUUUCCGAUUCUGCUGCUGAAACUUGAGAAUAAUUAAAGCAGACAUUGUUACUGUUAUAUUUUAGCUACAACUAGGAAUGGGCACACAUCAUAUCUGUUAUUGGAUUUGUCUUCCCCUUGUUAAAUGACUUUUUAGCCCUUUCCAAAUUCAAGAAUGGCUAGAAUCCCAAAGCUCCAUUCCCUCCAAAUUCUUGCUAUUUUCUUGAAUUUUCUUGUUUUCUUUUUCCAGCUAUCCAAUUCUUUGUCUGUUGAGACACAAGCCCUUCUUGAAUUUAAAAAGCAGCUUGUUGACCCCUGGAAUUUCUUGGAAUCUUGGAAAUAUACAGAUUCCCCUUGCAAAUUCUAUGGCAUUCAAUGUGACAAACACACUGGCUUGGUCACUGAAAUUUCCCUUGACAAUAAGUCCCUGUCUGGGGUUAUUUCCCCUUCAAUUUCUGUGCUCCAAAGCCUUACUUCACUAGUGCUUCCUUCAAAUUUACUAUCUGGGAAUCUUCCAAGUCAAUUGGCCAAUUGCACCAAUCUCAAAGUCUUGAAUGUUACUCUAAAUAACAUGAAUGGUAUGAUACCUGAUUUAUCUAGUUUGGCUAAGUUGGAGGUGUUAGACUUGUCGAUGAACUACUUUUCUGGACAAUUUCCAGCUUGGUUUGGAAAGUUGACUAGUUUGGUUGCAUUAGGCCUUGGUGGCAAUAACUAUGAUGCAGGUAAUCUUCCUGAUUCAUUUGGGAAGUUGAAGAAACUUUAUUGGCUUUACUUGGCAGAGUCAAAUUUGACAGGACAAAUCCCGGAAUCUAUUUUUGAAAUGGAGGCACUAGGAACAUUAGAUAUUUCGAAAAACCAUAUAUCUGGGAAUUUCCCAAAGUCUAUAAACAAGCUGCAAAAUCUCUUCAAGAUUGAACUUUAUCAAAACAAUUUGACGGGGGAAUUGCCAGUUGAGCUUGUAGACCUCUUGCAUCUGCAGGAAAUUGAUAUUUCUGGAAACCAGUUGGAAGGGAUUUUGCCUAAGGGGAUUGACAACCUGAAGAAUUUAACAGUUUUUCAAAUAUUCAAGAACAAUUUCUCUGGUGAAAUCCCUCCAGGCUUUGGAGAUUUGCAGCAUCUUAAUGGCUUUUCUGUGUACAGGAACAGUUUUUCUGGAGAAAUUCCAGCAAAUCUUGGCCGGUUUUCACCACUGAAUAGCGUAGACAUAUCUGAGAACAAGUUUAGCGGUGCAUUUCCAAAAUAUUUAUGCCAAAAUGGCAACUUGCAAAAUUUGCUAGCUGUUGAAAACAGUUUCACAGGGGAGUUUCCAGAUAAUUAUGCUUCUUGCAAGCCUUUAACGAGAUUAAGGGUGAGUCGGAAUCAGCUUUCUGGGAGAAUUUCUGAGGGUUUAUGGGGGCUUCCAAAUGUCUUGAUGCUAGAUUUCAGUGAUAACAACUUCACUGGAACUGUAUCUCCUGGAAUUGGUGCUGCUACUAACUUGAAUCAGUUGGUAUUAUCAAACAACAAAUUUUCAGGUGAGCUUCCGAAAGAACUUGGAAAGCUUACACAGUUGGAAAGGCUAUAUUUGGAUAACAAUGACUUCUCUGGCAUAAUACCAUCUGAACUUGGAACAUUGAAGCAAAUUUCAUCUUUGCAUUUAGAGAAAAACUCACUUUCCGGGUCAAUACCAUCAGAGUUGGGUGAGUUUCCCAGGUUGGCAAACUUGAAUCUUGCUUCAAAUCUUCUGAUAGGUGCCAUACCCAAUUCGUUGUCAAUGAUGGCCUCGUUGAACUCUCUGAAUCUUUCGAGUAACAAUCUCAGUGGUUCAAUUCCAACAAACUUGGAUAACCUGAAAUUAUCUUCAUUGGAUCUCUCUAACAAUCAGCUAACCGGACGAGUUCCUACUGAUCUUUUGACGGUGGGAGGAGAAAAAGCAUUUGUAGGAAACAAGGGGCUUUGUGUUGAUCAAAGCAUCAGGAGUAUCCCAAUGAACUCAGGCUUGGGCGCUUGUAGUGGAAAGGCUGCUCAGGACAAGUUCAUGAAGAGCAAACUAGUUGUGUUUUGCAUUGUAUUACUUUCUUUGUCUGUUCUAAUGGGUGUUUUCAUGCUUGUGAGUUACUGGAAGUACAAGCACAAUGCUGAAGCUAGUCCAGAAAAGCGAAUGGGACAAGCAAAUGGAAUGGAUCCAAAAUGGAAGCUUGAAAGCUUCCAACAUGUGGAACUUGAUGUAGAUGAAAUUUGUGAUGUCGGCGAGGAUAAAUUGAUAGGAAGUGGUGGCACAGGAAAAGUUUAUCGGUUAGAUUUGAAGAAAGGCUGUGGCACAGUGGCUGUAAAGCAGCUUUGGAAAGGAAAUGAGGUGAAAGUUUUGACAAGGGAAAUGGACAUUCUGGGAAAGAUCAGGCAUCGGAAUAUAGUUAAACUGUAUGCCAGUCUAAUGAGAGAAGGUUCAAAUUUGUUGGUUUUCGAGUACUUGCCAAAUGGUAAUUUAUUUGAGGCACUACACCAGGAAGUCAAGGCUGGGAAGACAGAAUUAGAUUGGUACCGGAGGUAUAAAAUUGCAGUUGGAACUGCAAAGGGAAUUGCUUAUUUGCACCAUGAUUGUUUCCCUCCUAUUAUUCAUAGAGAUAUCAAGUCAACAAACAUUCUACUUGAUGAGGAGUAUGAGGCGAAAGUUUCUGACUUUGGGGUUGCAAAAGUUUCAGAAAUCUCCUCUACAGUCUCCGAGUUCAGCUGCUUUGCAGGCACUCAUGGCUAUUUAGCUCCUGAGCUAGCAUAUACUUCCAGAGUGACAGAAAAGAGCGAUGUAUACAGCUUUGGAGUUGUGCUAUUAGAAUUAGUAACCGGAAGGAAACCAAUAGAGGAAGCCUAUGGAGAAGGUAAAGACUUGGUUUAUUGGGCAUCAACUCAUCGUAAUGACAAAGGAAGUGUUCUGAAAAUUCUUGAUCAAAAGGUGGUUUCCGAGCUUUUCCAAGAUGACAUGAUCAAAGUGUUGAGGAUUUCUGCACUAUGUACCACCAAACUCCCUAAUUUACGCCCCAGCAUGAAAGAAGUAGUAAAGAUGCUUGUUGAUGCUGAACCUUGAACAUUUAGGUCUUCAAGCAAAUGUGAGCAAAAUGAGAAAGAAAGAUUCUUUGUAGUUUUCUCCUUUUCCCUCUUACCAUGUAGUUUAAAUUCCAAACAUCAGUCUAGUUUUAGAUUUCUCAUUAUGCAUUUACCAUGUAAAAUUGUAUCCUACUUUGUCGGUACAAGUUCAUUUUGUAAAAUGGAAAGUAUAUUUCUGGUUGAGCUUAUAAUUUUUGGCAGUUUUGUCGA